AUGUUAGGCUUAGGCGUGCGUCGGUUGAAAACACGGCCCUCCUUGCUGGAUCUGAUAGAGGCCAGCUGCAGUAGUGGUGGUGGGAGUGACCAACCAUUGUUGUUAUCGUCGUCAUCACCGCCCACGGGCAUCGACCAACUGCCACCGCUCCCCGACUCACCCACUUCCCCGUCUUCCAGCUCCAGCUCCAGCUCCAGUUCCUUCCCGACCCCUACCACCACCUUCAAUCCUUCUCCCUCCUCCUCAUCUGUUCACCCUCCGGCUAUUCGCAUUAUGGCCCCCUCCGGAAAGGGCCCUCAAGCUGAGGCCCACCAUGGCUCCGUCUUCUCUGUCUCCGGUCCCGUCGUCGUGGCCGAGAACAUGAUCGGCUGUGCCAUGUACGAUUGGUAUUGUCGUGUCGGCAAAGAUCAGCUCGUCGGUGAAGUUAUCCGUCUCGAUGGCGAUAAGGCCACCAUUCAAGUCUACGAGGAAACUGAUGGUGUGACGGUCGGCGACCCUGUCGAGAGGACGGGUAAGCCCCUAGCGGUGGAACUGGGUCCUGCCAAAGGAAUCUACAUCCCCCGUGGUAUUACUGUGAACGCGCUGGAUCGCGAGAAGAAGUGGGACUUCACGCCCGGUCAAUACAAGGUGGGCGACCACAUCACGGGAGGUGACGUCUGGGGUUCCGUGUUCGAGAACAGCUUGAUGAGCGACCAUAAAAUCCUUCUCCCGCCCCGCGCUCGGGGUACCAUUACCCGGAUCGCAGAGGCUGGAAGCUACACAGUCGAGGAGAAGCUGUUGGAGAUCGAAUUUGACGGCAAGAAGACCGAGUUUGGUAUGAUGCAGACAUGGCCUGUUCGUGUGCCCAGACCUGUCAACGAGAAGGUUCCAUCCGACGCACCCUUCAUCGUCGGCCAGAGAGUGCUGGACUCUCUGUUCCCUAGUGUGCAGGGUGGUACUGUCUGUAUUCCGGGUGCUUUUGGAUGUGGUAAGACUGUCAUUUCGCAGUCCGUGUCCAAGUUCUCCAACAGUGAUAUCAUCGUCUACGUUGGUUGUGGUGAGCGUGGUAACGAGAUGGCUGAAGUGUUGAUGGACUUCCCCGAGCUUUCGAUCGAGAUCGAUGGUCGCAAAGAGCCUAUCAUGAAGCGUACAUGCCUGAUCGCCAAUACUUCCAACAUGCCUGUCGCCGCGCGUGAGGCCUCCAUUUACACCGGUAUCACCAUUGCGGAGUACUUCCGUGACCAGGGUAAGAACGUGGCUAUGAUGGCCGAUUCCAGUUCUCGUUGGGCCGAGGCGCUUCGUGAACUUUCCGGUCGUCUGGGAGAGAUGCCUGCAGACCAGGGUUUCCCCGCCUACCUGGGUGCCAAGCUUGCUUCCUUCUAUGAACGUGCUGGAAAGAGUGUUGCUCUGGGAAGCCCCGAGAGAGUCGGCAGUGUCAGUAUCGUCGGUGCCGUCAGUCCUCCUGGUGGUGAUUUCUCGGACCCUGUCACUACUAGUACCCUCGGUAUUGUCCAAGUGUUCUGGGGUCUCGACAAGAAGCUGGCCCAGCGAAAGCAUUUCCCUUCCGUCAACACUUCGAUGUCCUACAGCAAGUACACGACCGUCUUGGACAAGUUCUACGAGAAGGACUACCCCGACUUCCCCCGCCUGCGUGACCAGAUCCGUGAGCUGUUGACCAAGUCCGAAGAACUCGACCAGGUCGUGCAGCUGGUCGGUAAGGCCGCUCUGGGUGAUUCUGAUAAGAUCGCAUUGGAUGUGGCUGCCAUGGUGAAGGAUGAUUUCCUUCAGCAAAACGGAUACAGUGACUACGAUCAGUUCUGCCCUCUGUGGAAGACAGAAUAUAUGAUGAAGGCCUUCAUGGGCUACCACGAUGAAGCGCAAAAAGCUAUUGCUCAGGGUCAAAACUGGUCCAAGGUUCGCGAAGCCACUGCCGACAUCCAGACUGCCCUGCGGAGCAUGAAGUUCGAGGUUCCGGAGAACCAACAAGAGGUCUCAGAGAAGUACGAGAAGGUUCUUCAGACCAUGUCAGAGCGAUUCGCGUCGGUGUCGGAUGAAAUAAAUGUCAACGAUCCGAGCUUGAUCUCGCUGGUCAAUAAGCUCCAGGAUGUCUUCGCGACAGUCGGAGUUCACAACCCCAUCGACUUGCCUCAGAUUGCUGUCGUCGGUUCACAGUCCAGUGGUAAGAGUUCGGUGUUAGAGAAUAUUGUCGGACGGGAUUUCCUCCCCCGUGGGUCCGGAAUUGUCACUCGGAGACCCCUCAUUCUUCAGCUUAUCAACAAACCCGCAGCUCAAUCGAAUGGAGUUAAGGAGGAGAAGUUGGAUACGACGGAUAGCGCCGCCAAUCUGGAUGAGUACGGAGAGUUCCUGCACAUUCCCGGCCAGAAGUUCUACGAUUUCAACAAGAUUCGCGAGGAGAUUGUGCGCGAAACGGAGUCGAAGGUCGGUCGCAAUGCCGGUAUCUCCCCUGCGCCUAUCAACCUCCGUAUCUACUCGCCCAACGUCCUGACCCUCACACUGGUCGACUUGCCCGGUUUGACUAAGGUCCCCGUCGGUGACCAGCCCAAGGACAUUGAGAAGCAAAUCAGGGAUAUGGUUCUGAAGUACAUCAGCAAACCUAACGCGAUCAUCCUUGCGGUCACCGCGGCCAACCAAGAUCUUGCCAACUCCGAUGGUUUGAAGCUGGCACGGGAAGUCGACCCGGAGGGUCAGCGUACAAUUGGUGUCUUGACCAAGGUCGAUCUGAUGGACGAGGGAACCGACGUCGUGGAUAUUCUUGCGGGCAGGAUUAUCCCGUUGCGCCUGGGUUAUGUGCCAGUGGUCAACCGAGGUCAACGUGAUAUUGAGAACAAGAGACCCAUCUCGUACGCUCUAGAGCAUGAGAAGAACUUCUUCGAGAGCCACAAGGCCUAUCGGAACAAGUCUUCGUACUGUGGAACGCCGUAUCUGGCGCGGAAGCUGAACUUGAUCCUUAUGAUGCACAUCAAGCAAACCCUGCCCGAUAUCAAAGCGCGGAUUUCGUCCUCCCUUCAGAAGUACUCCGCCGAACUUGCGCAGCUGGGAGACUCCAUGCUCGGCAAUAGCGCUAACAUCAUCCUGAACAUCAUUACAGAGUUCAGCAAUGAAUAUCGCACGGUGCUGGAGGGUAAUAACCAGGAGCUGUCCAGCAUUGAGUUGUCCGGCGGUGCUCGUAUCAGCUUCGUGUUCCACGAACUCUACUCCAACGGUAUCAAGGCGGUGGAUCCUUUCGACCAGGUUAAGGAUAUUGAUAUCCGGACGAUUCUCUACAACUCUUCGGGUUCAUCGCCUGCGCUUUUCGUUGGAACCACUGCCUUCGAGUUGAUCGUCAAGCAGCAGAUCAAGAGGCUUGAGGACCCCAGCACGAAGUGUAUCUCCUUGGUCUAUGACGAACUGGUCCGCAUCCUAGGACAGCUCCUGAACAAGCAGUUGUUCCGCAGGUAUCCCAUGCUGAAGGAGAAGUUCCACGCCGUGGUCAUCAGCUUCUUCAAGAAGUGCAUGGAGCCGACCAACAAGAUUGUUCGCGACUUGAUCAACAUGGAGGCGUGCUACAUCAACACCGGUCACCCUGAUUUCCUGAACGGACACCGCGUUGACCCGAAGACGGGCAAACCUCUUCCUCCCCCCCGGUCGAACAGCCCGUCGGUCGAUCUCGGCAAUGCGGAAAGCAGCAGCGGCUCUGGCUUCUUCGGCAGCUUCUGGGCUUCGAAGAACAAGAAGAAGAUGGCGGCCAUGGAGCCCCCACCGCCAACCCUGAAGGCGUCGGCCUCCUUGUCGGAGCGCGAGAGCACCGAAGUUGAAGUUAUCAAACUUCUCAUCACGUCUUACUUUAACAUCGUGAAGCGGACCAUGAUCGACAUGGUCCCGAAGGCCAUUAUGUACAUGCUUGUCCAAUUCACCAAGGAUGAGAUGCAGCGCGAACUCCUCGAGAACAUGUACCGCAACGGCGAACUGGACGAGCUCCUCAAGGAAAGCGACUACACGGUGCGGAGGCGCAAGGAGUGCCAACAGAUGGUGGAGAGUCUGUCCCGCGCCAGCGAGAUUGUCAGCCAAGUCCAGUAAUCUUUUCGAAUGGUGUCCGAUGUGUUCGAGAAUCCUGGUUUUAGAUACGAUUUCAGUCUUUCGUCGGUCUCGCUUCAGCUGGUUCGCCUUUUGGGAGGGAUUACUUUGUCGUUGCUCGCAGCUAUGCCCCAUGCCUUAUGCUAUAUGUCCUGAUACGAGCGUUUUUCCCACGGAGCCCAUUCUCGGAUGUCAAGUGGACAAGAUUCAUCUCACGAAUUUGUAUUGCCUAAUGAUUGUUGUUCGUUCUUAGAAUACAGAGCAGUUUAGUCUAGUGGGUUGUACAGUAUAUGUAUAUACAGUUCUAAAA